AUGGCACUAACAUCGAUUGGUUUCCGCUGGAAGGUAACGGCAUCGCAGCAGAACAACACGAUCGGCCCAACGGCGAACGUGGUCGGCGGUUCCGGAGGCAUCGCGGCCGCCGUCGUGGCCGUCAUCGGGCGGCCCCUGCCCACGAUCAGCGAAACGACGACGGCCUUCACGAACGUGUCGUCGGCCAACACCAGCCCGGAGAAGGGCAGCCUCGGCAAUGGGGUCGACCGGGACCGCAUCGAGGCGGAUCUACCGACGGCGGACUAUUCCACGGCGUAUCCCUCGCAGUGCGCGUCCAGUUCGUCGGCCAAACCGUCGAUCAUGAAGAAGAAGAACCAAUCGGCGACGGAUUCCAAGCGGGAACGGAAGGCAGCGAAGACGCUGGCCAUCAUCACCGGGGCCUUCGUCUGCUGCUGGCUGCCGUUCUUCAUCAUUGCCAUCCUACUGCCAACGUGCACCGAUUGCGACAUCAGCCCGUUCGCGAUGAGUGUGUGCCUGUGGUUGGGCUACUUCAACUCGACGCUGAACCCGAUCAUCUACACCAUCUUCAGUCCGGAGUUCCGGCACGCGUUCAAGCGGAUACUGUGCGGCCGGCGGCACAGUCUGCGGAGGACGAGGCACAUGGGCGUGCGGCAUAUGCGGUAAGGAAGGGUUAGUGUGAUGUAUAUUUUGUUACUGAUGGAACAUAGAAUAAAUUGUACAUAUUUAGGACGUGAUAAGAAUGUAGACACCCCGAAUAGAAGAAAGUAUGGUAGUGAUCGAAGGUAUGGUAGCUUACGGUUGAAUCGGUUUUAAGCGGUGUUUUAAUGCGUUUGAAGGAGUGUGAUGACAAACUGUUCGAUUGAUUUUCAGGAUAUGGAACAUUUAAUUUAAAUGAUUCAAUUGGAAUGUGCUCAGCUGAUUGCCCAGAAACAGGUCCCGGAAGCUUCGGAAAAAAGUGGCCAGUUCUUGAUUUCAACUGAAAACAAACAUGCUAAAUCCAGUUCCUGGUCAUUUUGUGACAAACGUGCAUUUGAUGGCUUAGAUAUUAGAAAUUGACUUCUUUCAUCGGGCCUCCGGGACCGGCUUUCGAGGUAAUUCAUUGAAUUCGG